GUUUCCAAAUUGCCUGUACACUUUUAAAUUUUCACGAACUUGACACAGCAAAAGUUCAGCAAUAUGACUUGGGAAGAAAUUAAACCAAAGAUCUCAGUGCCAAUAUUUUGUGCACUCACGUUCUGUAUAUUCCUAGCUGACAUUCUAAUUAACGACAAAAAAUAAGGAAAAAGUAGCAAUAAUAAGCACACUUUAACAUGAUGGCAAAUGAACUGGAAAUAACUCAAGACGGUCAAGCAUUUCAAAAGGAAAUGGCACUGAAUAAAUUAUCAACAAUAAUUCUUGAACAAGCGCGUAGAAACGUAAUCCAUGUUGAUGACAAGCCAACAAGCGAACAUACAAUCGAAAAAACAUUGAAAGAAUCCACCGACAUGUUCAUCCAAAAUUUAGAUAAAAUCUUUAAAAUGGAUAUUAAAAAUGACAAGUCAUUACAUCUCAUCGAGCCUGAAACAUCUUUAGAAUCUGCGAAAUCGUCUAAAGGUACAUUGUCGUCGAAAGUAUCAGAAGACAGCGGAGCGUAUAUAAGUGCAGAAACGAAAGAUUCACCGGUCGACUCUUUCACAUCGCUUGAAGCGGCCGCUAUGUCGUGUAUCCUUGAGGAGUGUUUGGAUCAGCUCGCUAUAAUCGGAUUCAUGAUACCGGCCGACGUUGAUCCACGCUGGGAUGAUACGUUCAAGACGAUCGAUCAAACAUACGGGGUGCCCGAUGAAUCUAAAACAAUCUUUAGAGAAGACAUGGGCCUGCUUCCGGUUAUGCCGUCAAAGGCUGAAAAAAUGCAGAGAGACAGGAACUACGUAUGUGAGGUCCUCAAAAAAGUCCUUCACGAAAUAAAGAAUCAUAGAAAGUUCGACAGUCUGCGACAAGAGAUUGAUAAUAUCACAAAGAAGCAGCAAGACGAAUGUGAUCUCGAAGAGAGCGCUCAGACAUGGCUUAAACAAGCUGAACAACUUCGAGAGUUAUUAGAAUCCGAGAAAAAAGCUAAUGAGAAGGACAAGGAAAGGACGAUAGGACUCGCGCAGGAAAGCGACGUACGAGUCGACCACGCGAUAUUUUUAAAUAGCGGAAAAUUGGGCUACGCGGAAAGAUGGGCAAAGGCUAGAUUGGAGCAGCAGGAACUCAAACUGCAUCUACAAAAGAAUGAAAUGUUGAACAAGCUGAGUGACUAUUCAAAAGAAUACAAUGCGGAGCAGAUCAUCUCGGCUGAAAUAAACGCGUACUUAGAAGCCGACAUCAAAGAGAAAGAAGAACAAAUAGAUAUGUGGACGAAGAAGUAUAAUGAAGAGCUCGUGCUAAAGCAGAAUGAAAUUGACGAGUUAAAGAGAUUAGUAGAAGAACAGAAAUUAGAGAUGGAGGAAAUGCGUGCUUUAAUGGACAAACGACAGAAAUUUAUCAACAAAUGUAUGGCCGAGGAGGAGAUAUUAAAAAAGGAAGAAAAACUAAAUAAAGCCGCAACUCUUAUCCAAUCGAUAUGGAGAGGUUACAUGGUGAGACAGCAAUUAGGAAAGUACAAAGGUCUACGGAAACGAUUAAAAAAGCGGAAGAAAUUAAGAAAAAGAAAAACAAAUCGAUAAAAGAAACAAAGCAAAGUACACCUGAGAAAAAAAGGACUUUAAUGCCUGACAGACGACAGAGAGUUUAAUAUUUUAUUAUUGAAAAGAGUUACCGCUUUCUUUACACUAAUAAUGCCUUCGAAGUAUCUGUAUAAAUUAUUCAAAUAUAUUUUUAAACAAAUAUCAGAAAUACAGUAUUUACAUGAAGGUCUGACUCACACACAUGCAAACAUGACGAGCACACAGCAUUGUUCUACACAUGUUUGAACAUUAUCGAGUACGAAAAUUCCCCGUAUACGAAAGUAGUAAUGAUAUAAAUAUACCGGCUCAGUAUCGUACUCGAUAAAGGCAUAACAUCUCUCGCAUUUACUCGAUCUAGUUGUCGCACAUUCUCAAGCUAAAAAUGGACGCCGCUGAAGCAAUCAGUGGCAGUGUGAUGAUCACUGUACAUCCCAUGUAUUGCGACAUACGUGGGAAAUAAUCACGAUAUUACCAGUAGUGUACAGGUCGAUAAUGCGAUGAUAAAAUUACAC